UCUCUCUCUCUCUCUCCAUCAAUUGCUGCUGUAGUUCUCCCUCCGCCGCCGCCGCCUCCUCCUCCUCCUCCUCAUUCAUGUCGUCGCCGUCGUCGGCGCCUCGGGAGGGCCACUACCGGGGCGUCCGCAAGAGGCCGUGGGGGCGCUACGCGGCCGAGAUACGCGACCCCUGGAAGAAGACCCGGGUCUGGCUCGGCACCUUCGACACCCCGGAGGAGGCUGCCCUCGCCUACGACGGUGCUGCCCGCAGCCUCCGCGGCUCCAAGGCCAAGACCAACUUCCCCCCUCCUCCUACUCCCGCUCCCCCUCCUCCCUCCGCCGCCCUCUCCCUCGACCUCAACCUCCCCUCCGACAACCACCCCCGUUGGCCCCCCACCUCGCCCCACCACCACCACCACCACCUCCACCACCACCGGCGGUUCGUCUUCAACGAGUUCCUCCCUGCCGCGGUCCUGACCUGCGGCGACGGCGGCGUCAAGCGCGAGGUGACUGUCGUCGGCGGCGGCGGAGGCGGAGGCGUAGGAGUCCCGGUGCUGGCGGCUGAAGGGCCCGUCGGAGCGUCGUUCCUGGGGAUGGCCACGCGCGGACUGCCCAUCGACCUGAACGAGCCACCUCCGCUAUGGCUGUGAAGUCAUUACCAUGUUUUCUCCUCCCUCACCUCCAUUUUUUCCCUACUAUCCCAUCUGUCCUCAUCAGAGCUAGAGCGAGAGAGAGAGAGAGAGGAGGGGCCAAAAAAGAAAAUUCGGAGUAGACGAAGCCCUUUUCUUGUAAAUACAUUUCUCUUUUGUGGUUCCUUCCCACGUGGAAAACAACCGGCGAUUUUUUCUUCGUUA